CAAAUCACGUCUAACGGGAACAAAUUAGCCGAGCGGGACGGCGUCAUGGCCGCGUGAGAAAGAAGCUCCGCGGGAGGAUUAAUAACACAAGGCAGACCCCCCCCACCACCACACCACCCCACCCUCCCGAGCUGAGAUGAAGGAUGUGAGUGAAGAGUCGCUGCUGGAUUAUUUCUACUCCACCGGAGGCAGCUCCGGCCGACUCAGGAACGCAGACAUCCUGAAGACGUUCAAGCCCUUCAUCGGCCACGGCGACUCGCGGCUGCGCGCUAAAUACAGAGAAGAAUUCAAGCUCAUCAUUGACCGAAUCGCAGUGGUGAAGUCAGAGAAUGGUGAGAAGUAUCUUGUCCUAAAGAAGAAAUACAGGCAAAUUCUGCACGAGCGGGACUCCAAGCAUGAGUGCACGAGCCCGGGCAGAGCUGCGUGGGACGCCACGGACCCAUCCGCCUCUUCCCCUCCGCAGAAGGAACCGUACCAGCCGAUGCCGCGCGCAGAUCCCGACGGGGCUGCAGAGGACCAGCAGACAGGAAGAGCCUUCACGCAGCAAGAUCCAUUGGAACUUCCUGUCCCCCCGGCACAGGAGCCCUCGGCACAAAACAACGGGAGCGAUGUGCUGGACAAAGAUUCAGGGUCAAAGUCCGAGGCCGAGCAGGACGAGGAGAGCACGGGCAGCUUGGGCUCCGCCACUGUCGCUCUGGAUCCUAUAGAGAAGGAGUGGAUGUACUCCGCUGCAGGUGCUCGAGUCCCUGACCUCUCUCACCUGCUCAGGCAGGACCCGUCGCUGGCAAACAAGAAGGACUUUACCUCAUUUACGGCUCUGCACUGGGCGGCAAAACACGGCAACGAGGACAUGGCCACCCUGGUGGCUAACGCGGGGGCCGAUGUCAACACCAAAUCAGUGAGUGGAUACACGCCUUUACACAUUGCAGCUCUACAUGGUCAUCGGAAUAUUCUGGACCUCCUCAUAGUGACAUAUGGGGCCAGAGAAAAUUUAAGGGACUACAGCGGCCAUUUUGCCGGCCAUUAUCUGAACAUCAAAGAAGCAGAGGGUCCGGAGGAAGACUGCGAGCUGCAGUUUCAGGUCACUCAGGCCAGAGAGCGCAACAGGAACAGGAAGCUGGCGUCGUUGUUUCACUCCAAGAAGAAGUGGGGCUCGGCAGAGGAGCUGGCUCCUAUAGAGGAGGAGAGGACGCCGUCGCAUCAGCUCGCCCUUCCUCCAUUCAGACCAAGAAAAUUCUCCCGCUGAGAACCCCCCCCCCCCCCCUCCCCUCCCCUCAUGGGGUACGAAUGUUAACUCUGCUAAGUCUCCUACACUCACUUAAAUUGUACAUGCAUGUAUAUUUAUACCUAUAUAUAUAUAUAUAUACAUUGAAAUGCAUGCGGUGGAAGUGUGACAUGUGUAUAUUUGUUAUACGGAUACACAGCUCAUCCCGGUUUGCUUUGCUUAUACGUGUACUAGCAUUAACACACUUUUUUUGCUUACCAUGAAAAGUAUUUCCUGAAGCCGUUACACAUUUGAAUGAAUGUUGACAAGUGUUACUUAAUGCCUUGAGAUUCCAAACGCGCUCAGACCAAAAGCAGACAUUUGGACUGCAAAGAGGUGCAGAUGAUCCAGUGAGGAGUUGAAUGACGUGACCUGAAGCUUAAAUAAGUUUCCUUUUGAAAAAGGAACAUUGGUUUUUUAUGUUUUGGUCUAUUAAAUAUGAUUUGUGCCUAAAAUGACUGAUUUUUUUUUGCUCAGCUGUUAUUGUAGGUUCAUGUGAGUGUGGCAUCAGACUCUAAAUUCAAUUAUAUUAAAUAAAUAAUUUACAAUUACAAAACUAGGGGCCAGAACAACAUUAUUUGGAUUUGAUUAAACAGCAUACAAUUCUACAGCUUAUUUAUAUUUUAUGUGGACUUAAAAAAAAGAGAUUCUAUUAACCAUUAAUGAUAACAACAAUAAAGUAGUUUAAGAUACCCCCUUAACGCAUAAGAAACAAACACACAACCCUUUUUUUGACCCACCUCCCAAUCUUUGAUUGACAAUGAAGAAUUGAUGAAUGUUCAAAUGUUCAACAACUUUGUGAUGCAACUCAAUUCUUUCAUUUGCUUUAACCGAGUUUGAGUUUUUCCUGCCCAUCUGCUUGUUUUCCCAAGCAGCCUGUGAAUGCAACGCUGCACCAAUGCAGCAACAAAACCGGCUGCAACUAUUGAUGAGACGACAACAGGCCAGUCCAUCAAAGAAAUGUGUCAUGUUUGUGAUUAAUUAACCAUUUCAAGCAGGAUUCAGUUGCACAUUUAGGACCAUUUGUUUAUAAUCCAGUGCCGUUGUAAAAGGGAGUUUGUUUUCAAGGUAACUGUGUAAUCUAAACUAAAAAGAAAACCCUGCUUCCAUCACAUCUUUUGCGUAAUAUUUAUAAUGAAUGUAUUUUAGUAAUAAACUAUAUUUUACAUCAAA